AUGGAUUCCCAUCCGCAUAGCUCGGACCCGGACGCUGUCCCCGGCAUUCCUGCCCACUCAAGCGCUCCCACCACCCUGCGCUGCUGCUGUGGGCACGAUGAGUGUGCGCUGCUCGAGCACAACAAUGUCACCCUCGAGGGCCUCGAGAAAGACCUCGCCAUAGCUGCGAGACUCGGUCAGGCCCUGCUCCACCGCCAUGAAAGCUACAUGGCCGAGGCGGAAGAGGACCGCCACCGGCUGCUGGCCAGCGUGGAUGCCCUCGAACGCGAAAAGCGCCAGGUUCAGGCCGAAAAUGCGCGCAUCGUCGAGGAGAACCGCUCUUUGCUAGAGCAGCUGGAUAGCUUGAACCAGGCUGUUGCUGAGUCUGACGAGCAUGUCAACACACUGACCUUUACCUUGGAGAGUACGCAGUCUGAACUGCGCAAAUUGACGGUGGCUGCUUCGCGUGCAGCCGAUCUCGAGGCCCAAUUGGCCCUUAUGGAAACGGAGCAGUCCAAACUGCAAGAAUCGCUUUCUUCGGCUCAGGAUGAUGAGAAAUCGGCUGUGCAACGGUGGCGGAAUGCGGAGAGCGCAUUGAGAAACCUUCAUGAUCAGGUUGACCGCAUUGAGAAAGAAGCGCACGACGAGCGUGAACGACAUUCUGAGCUGGUUCAACGCAUGGAGCGGAAGAGGGCCGUGGAGCGUGAGCUGGAUAAUGCUGCGGGCCGUCUCAAGGGCGCUGCUGCUGCGUCCGAUCUUGACCGCCAUGUCGGUAGCACGACUGUCGUCUCGCGCUUCGUGAAGGAUAUCCUACAGGACAACGCCAACCUGCAGGUGGGAAUCAUGGAGUUGCGUGAAAUGCUUGAAAGCUCGAAUCAGGAGGUGCAGAACCUGCGGGGUCAAGUUCUGUCUCAUCAACCGCUGGCCGGCAUUGAUGACGAGGGUCAUACUAACUGUGCGCCUUUCACAACUCUGAGCGAGGAAUUGGAGUCAAAGGAACGCCGAGUCUCGCAAGAAUUCCACAUCCACCAUCACUUCCACUCACCGACCUCCAAGAAAGAGAAAGGCCCACUCAACCGUCGUGUCAAGAAGAGACGCCCCGCAUUGGGAAGCCCGAUUCCCUUGCACUCCGCAAUGGGCGCCCAGUCUCCUCGCAGACCCGUUCAUCGAUCGCAGUCGUCUGGCUCGUCCAUGUCUACCAUCCUAUGUCCAACUUCCAUCUCCAUUCCGCCCCCAUCUUCCCGUCACUGGUCGUUACAGUCACCUGUCACGGAUUCUCUUGCAAGCUCACCGCAAUCCGCAUUCCGCACAUCGUCAAUAUUUGACCGUAUCGAUAAAGGAUCUGAUUUCUCUCAGCCUACUAGCCCCGACAGCGCUGUAUUCUCCUCGCCACUGAUGGGUGCACGCAACCUCAAAGGACUUGACAUGCCAUUCAGGCCGCUGGCUGGUUUCGAUAACAUCGACACAUCAAUAGAUGAUUCAGUAGAAACAUUUGAUGACGAGCAUUAUGAUCAACUGGAUAUUGGUGAAGCCAUUCCUCGGCAACCUGCGAUUCCGGAAGAAUCAGAGCCAUCAUCAGGGCCAUACUUGCGGUCCGUCGCUGGCGAGCCUCCCGCGACCACCGAAGAAGACCCAUUUGGCAUGCCAAUGCAGUUCUCGUCUCUGCGCAGGUCUGUUUCGCACGACAGCUUGUUCUCUGUGGCUGGCAUGGACAUCCAUACCCCGACCAAUCGCCGCUCACGGAUGAGUGACUGGCAUCCCGGCAAGCAGAUUCCCCAGCGGAUGGUGUCACCUAGUGUUGAGCUAGUCUCUACGCCUCCCAUCAUCUCCGCUCCUACCAUCACGGUCGAUCGGGCCAAUGCCUCGAAGCAGUCAUCCCGGUCCUUGCUGGCAUCAGUGGCCGCAGGAAGUAACCUGCCGACUGAUUCCUCGUCCAUUGUUUCUACCGAUACAAACAGCACCAGCUCGACUGCAACUCCGGUUCCUCGCAAGUCUGCGACACUGGGUCGCCGCGUGGGUGGCUGGGUUUUGGGCCGCUGGGGCCUGGCCCCAGUAUCUCCAGAUCGCGAUUCCCAUGAGCCUACUGCCGAUGCCUCGGAAGAAUCUGUUACAUCGCCAACACCUGAUACCACUCAUCACACUCAUCGAACACCUAACCCUCUUGCUCCGACACCACCCUUGGGUUUCCGGUUCCCCGGCGUAAACCAAAAGGGGCCCAUCAUGGGAUUUCGUCCUCCACCCUCUGCUCCCACCGUGGUACAUGCACAGGGGAUUGACGAAGACCUACUGCGAGAGAGCCUAGCCGAGGAACACGGUUGA